CCGUCAAAAUUGAAGAGACUAGAGAGAGAAUUAAGACUUAUUUAUUGAAGAGAGAAUGCAUCACUCCAACUAAAUAGCGGUUAAGGACGAGCAGUUAAAAGAUGGUGUUCACCGUUUUCUUCCACUCUUCCAUUUCCAAAAACUUCCUCUCUUUCACAAUUGGCUACUAUAUACUCUCUGCACCAGUGCUUCUGUAAUCAUUAAUCAACACUGAACUCUGAUCAAGAUACUAACCUCUUGUUCCCAAGGUUUCUGAUCCUGUUCCACAAAGCAAUUGAUCUUCUCUUGAGAAAACCAUUCCAGGUUGCUCUUUCUGGAUAUAGAACCUUCAGCACAAAGGGUUUCUCAGAACAGAAAACCUACAUUAAUAAUAAGUACAAAGCAGAGACAACAACAGUGACGAAAAGACAAAUACGCAGGUCUAAGAUUCAAUGGACUGAGGAGCAAAAGAGUGUGUUGUCUGCUAUAGAACAAGGCAAAUCAGUGUUCAUCACUGGUUCUGCUGGCACUGGCAAGACCAUGCUUGUCAUUGAGGUUAUCAAGAGGCUGAAGAAGAUGCACACCCCAUCUAAGGUUUUUAUCACAGCUUCAACUGGGGUUGCUGCAGUUGCUCUAAAGGGACAAACUUUGCAUUCAUUUGGUGGAAUCCGCGGCCCCUUUUAUCAUGAUCCUAAGAAGUUGUUUGAAUCGAUUUUGGCGGAUAACAGGGCUGUUAGGAGGUGGCAAAAGGCUAAUGCUUUGGUUGUAGAUGAGUGUAGCAUGGUGGAUGGUGAGCUAUUUGAUGGCCUCGAAUAUGUCGCGAGAAAGGUGCGUGGCGUGGAUGAAAUGUGGGGUGGAAUUCAGAUGGUUGUGGUUGGGGACUUCUGCCAGUUGCCCCCUAUUCCUAAUGAUUCUUCUAAGCCUGUUAAAUAUGCUUUCGAAGCGAGAUGUUGGGAUGAAUCCUUUCAUUUGCAGAAGGAGCUCACUAAGGUUUUCAGGCAGUCUGAUCCGCAGUUCAUCGAGUUGCUUCAGCGUAUGAGGAAGGGGGAGAUUGAUAGCUUGGACUUGUCACUUCUGGAGAAGUGUUACUCAGAGAGAGUGUGUGAUUCCUCUGUGGUGAAGCUCUUCCCAUUAAAGAAAAAAGUGAUGGAAGUGAAUGAAAAGAUGCUUAAAAGCUUGCAAAAGGAUGUAACUGUUUACCCAGCUGUUGAUACUGGCAAGGAUACUUGGAAGAAGCUUCUGAAUCAAGGGAUAGCACCCGAUCAGCUCGAGCUUUGUGAAGGUUCCAGAGUGAUGCUGAUCAAGAAUUUGGAUGUUCGGAAAGGAUUAGUGAAUGGAGCAACUGGUACGGUUGUGGGAUUUGAUAACGGUCUCCCAAUUGUUAAAUUUGAUUCAGGGAAGGUUUUGACAAUCAAACCGGCAGAGUGGAGUAUAAUGGAAGGAGACGAGGUUGUUGCUAAGAGGUGGCAGAUACCACUUAGACUAGCAUGGGCUCAGACCAUCCACAAGUGCCAAGGAAUGACUCUUGAAAAGGUUUCCAUCGAUUUGUCAGGAUCAUUUGGUGUUGGAAUGGUUUAUACCGCGCUUUCUCGUGUUAAAACCUUGGCAGGUCUUCACUUAUCUGGUUUUAAAUCUUCAAUGAUUAGAAUGGACCCUAAGGUUUUAGAAUUCUAUAAAAAAUUGUGCAACAAAAGUCUAGACACUAGUUGCAUUGAAAGUAAAGAUAAUUCUAGAAGGCAUAGCUUAUCCUGUACUGCUGAAAAUGCUGGUGCUGCAGAUAAUGUUGGCACUGUAGAGAAAAAGUGCUAUUUUGACCUUGAUGGGUACCUAUCUAGACGCCUGAAAAGAUGAUGAAGAUGGCCUCAUGGUGUAUAUGAUCUUUAUCAAUUCAAUGUCAAGCAUGGUUGGUACUUCAUUGAAGUUUUCAUGUGGGUAAUAUCUCUUCAAAUUCAAUCCUUCAUCAAUUUGAAGUUAGUUUCAUUGGGAAGCAUGGUAAUGUUGAACCUUCCUUUCUUUUUGGGUCAAAUAAUGUCAGGUACUUUAGUGUUUCAAGUAUUUGAUGUCUUCUUAUGUAAAUAUUUGAAAUUGUUUUUCCUCUUGUUUAAUUGAUACUUCAUUCAUGUUGUUACACUUCUCAUGUUUUGUGCUUUCUAAUGAGAAAAGAGGAAAGCAGAGGAAUAAAAGUGAAAUAGAACCGGUUAUAAGUGGAUCACAAUUCACAACACAAUUGAGAACUCAAUUAUCAAUUUCUGAUUAUGAGUUU